AAAAAUAUGAAUGAUGUCAGUGUAUCCUAGAAUUAUAAUAAAGUUAUCAAUAAUUAUCACAAUAAGCAUCAUCCAACAUAGUAAAGCUGCAUCUUUUUCAUAUGUGCAAAGACCAUUUGCAACAACAGAUAGUUUUAAAAGAUAAAAGUUCUGUAAUAUGUAUUAGCAAAAAUAAAAUCGGAAAUGAGACCUUUGCAAACUAAAAGGAUAAAAAUGUUAACCUCUAUAGAGAAGUCUUCAAGUUUCUGUACAAAGAGAACAAGGGGUAGAAGCUACAAAAUAAUACGAGGUUCAAAAUUGAAAUCAAUCUUGACAGGCUUACAAGUAAAUAAGCUCACCAUGGAAGGUAUCCUCUAUCUUUGUGAUGGCUUUUUUCUUGAUUUUCUACUCUAACCUUAAUGUAGUUAUGAUAUUUUGCUUCUUUGCUUUCCAAUGAGUUAAUGAUUUGUUGCUAAGGAAGAUUGGGGUUUCGUAUGGAGAUGUUGAUUGUUGGUAAUUUCCGCCAAAAAAUGAAGGGGUAUUGAGAUUUGCUAGAAUGUAUUUCUGAUUCAAAUUGUCAUGAAGGUAACUUUUUUAUGAGGAAGAAACUCCUUCUUUUGUAAGAAAUGCAUUUAGAUUCCACCUCAAGAUACAUAAAAAAUAUUGACUUAUUGGUAUUGUCUAAGGCAAUGGAUUUCAGUUUCUCCUUGGGACAUAUUAAGACGAUUUAUUUACCAUAAGCUAAAACAGGGGAAAGUUUUAUCACACACCAUCUCUGAACCUUGAAACCUUCUCAAUAACCUUACCAAGAUAAUGACGAUGAUGUAGACAACAGAAGUGAUAGAACAUUGAUGCGUAACGAGCAAAGACAAACAUUGAGCUCUGAAAAUGCAUUUUAAUGGAAAUUUUGCUCAAGCAGAUAGUUUGUUGUGCUGUGGAUCUUAUGUUCCAUGAAUUUAUCUUUAGUUGAUAUGCUCUAGAAGAAAAUGAACCUUUCUCUUUUGCUGUAUAUUUUCUCCACUUCGGUAACAAGUUUUAAUCUAUAUCAAUUCCACACAGCUAUGAGGACAUGACAUCGUAUUGGAUCUUGUGGGUGCAACAUUUUUUUGAAAUCACCAUCCUGGCUUAGCAGCUUUUGUUGACGUGUUGCAAUUUUCUCAUCUUUGGUGUAGCAUGGAGGACAGAAUUCCUCACAUAAUCACUUUUGAGGGCUCAAUUACUUUUAUAGAUUGUUUUUAGCUAGAAGUGUAUUGAGACUCUCCCUCUUGCUCCUCAACAAAUACAUGAUCUCUUCUCGAACUAUCAUUGUCUUAUUUUAUUCUCAUGGGCGUCAAGUUUCUGGUCCUUCUCUGGCUUACAGCUUAUAUCAGCUUUUCUUGAUGCAAUUUAACUUCAUUUUUUGCAUGUGUCUCACUCUUCCUGGCCUGUUUGACUAGGUAGGUAGUGCUGCUGCAUAUUUGCAGACGGGUGUAUUUUCACCUAGGCGGUAUUUUAUUAUCUUGGCUUCAUCAGUUCUUAUUAUUGCUUGGCUAAAUUUAAGCAAUGAUGUUUAUGAUUUUGACACAGGAGCAGAUAUAAACAAAAAAGAAUCUGUUGUAAACUUGCUUGGAAGCCGUACAGGGGCUUUUUCUGCUGCAUACUCAUCAUUUGCUCUUGGCUUCAUGGGAUUGACUUGGGCCUCUAUAGAGGCAAGGAACACACGUUCACUUUUGUUACUGGCUUCUGCAAUAUUUUGUGGCUAUAUAUACCAGUGUCCGCCAUUUCGAUUAAGUUACCAAGGAUUGGGAGAACCGCUUUGCUUUGCAGCAUUCGGACCUUUUGCCACUACGGCUUUUUACUUACUGUUGGGAAGCACAAGUGAGAUGAGCCAUCUUCCCAUUACUAGCACAAUUCUUUCAGCAUCUCUACUUGUUGGCUUCACAACAUCAUUAAUCCUCUUUUGUAGUCACUUUCAUCAGGUGGAAGGAGAUAGGGCCGUGGGGAAAAUAUCACCCUUGGUUAGGCUGGGAACUGAAAGAGGAUCUGGUGUAGUAAAAGUGGCAAUCACAACACUCUAUUCUCUUUCAUUUGCUCUUUGUCUAAGUAAAGCUCUUCCCUUAACUUCCAUUAUUCUUUGUGGCCUGACCUUACCAAUGGCAAAAAUUAUUGUGAGCUUUGUAGAAGAGAACCACAAGGACAAUGAGAAGAUCUUCAUGGCAAAGUAUUAUUGCAUGAGACUGCAUACUUUAUUUGGCGCUGCGUUAGCUGCUGGACUGGUGGCAGCUAGAGUGUUGCUAUGAACCUAAAAAGAGAUAUCCUAAAGCCAAGAUUUGUAUAACCAAUCUUGAAGUUGAUAUGAUGCCAGAAACUUGAUGAUAUGCGGCCGAUAAGUACCUGAAAUACCUGACACUGAUGUUUUACUGCAACUGCAUAUUACACUCUUGCUUAAAGUAAUUGCGCAAUUAUGUUGCCAGAAUGUACUGUAGAGUUUGUGUUUAUUGUUUAUUGAAAUGUUGUCGGUAGCAAGUAUCAACCAUUAUCCAUAAUGUAGAAGAGAAAUUGAUAAGCGUUCCAUGAGUAUAUUUGAACAAUAAAACUUAAAUGAGAAAUAAGAGGGAUGAUUUUUGUUA